CCCGCGGUGAUUUCCUGUGUGGAAUCGCUGAGGGGCAGCUUGGCCGCGUCACCGCCAUGGACCCCUUCCUGGUACUGCUGCACUCGCUGUCCGGCAGCCUGUCGAGCAGCGAUCUGAUGGAGCUAAAGUUCCUGUGCCGUGAGCGCGUGGGCAAACGGAAGCUGGAGCGCGUGCAGAGUGGCCUGGACCUGUUCUCAGUGCUGCUGGAGCAGAACGAUCUGGAGCGCGCCCGCACCGGGCUGCUGCGCGAGCUGCUGGCCUCGCUGCGCAGACACGACCUACUGCAACGCCUAGACGACUUCGAAGCGGGGACCGCGGCCGCGGCCUCGCCGGGGGAGGCAGAUCUGCGGGUGGCAUUUGACAUCGUGUGUGACAAUGUGGGGAGAGACUGGAAGAGACUGGCCCGUCAGCUGAAAUUGUCUGAGGCCAAAAUUGACGGGGUUGAGGAAAGGUAUCCCCGAAGCCUGAGUGAUCAGGUAAGGGAGACUCUGAGGGUCUGGAAGAUUGCCGAGAGGGAGCAAGCCACGGUGGCUGGACUGGUAAAGGCACUGCGGGCCUGCCGGCUGAACCUGGUGGCUGACCUGGUGGAAGAAGCAGUGCAGGCCCAGGGGUCUGUGAAUGAGAGUGAGGAUGUGUCCCCAGUGCUGUGGGACCCAACCGUGUCUUCCUCAGAAGCACUGUGACAAGCCUGCUGCUCCUGUCAGGAGUCACUGUGGACUUGAUAACACUCCGUGCUGCAUCGCCAAGUGCCUUAGUUCCCAGUGCCAAGAAAGAAGACCUUGUGGAUCCAGGCCAGAGCCCGCUCACAAGCUUGAACUGGCUCCUGAAGCAAAGCUGUAUGUAUAGAACCUCUGCUCCCUGAGCUUUGGGGACACAUGGAGGUUUCCCUUCGUGUUCUCCACUGCUGCUCCUUCCCCUGAGAGAAGUCCCUGGUCUCGCAAGGAGGAAGGUGGAGCUGAUGGCACACGUGUUGGAAGUUUGAGAGCCUUCCUGUUGUUCCCCGGGGAAGGACACAACUCAAUUCAGAGCACUUGGCUGCCUCACAGUUGGCCCUGAGGACAUCUGUCCCAUUUCCUUGGAGGCCAUCAGAGAGCAGCACCUGCCCCCCAAACAAGUGGUCCUUGCAGGAGCCUGGCACACCUCAUCCUGGCACAGCAGCUCCUGCAGGACUGAUUCUAAAAUCCAUUGCCUACCCACAUUGCUGCCUCUGGGAAGGACUGGUUUAAAGGGUGGCCCGCCUGUUUCUACCAUGGCCUUCAAACAAGUACCCUGGGCCUAGAUGUAGUGGCUCACUCUGAAAUCCUAGCACUGGAGAGUUGAGAAUUGCUGCACUCCAUGGCAACUUGAAUGAGAGCUGCACAUGAGACCGUCUCACACAAACAAAAGCAAGUGUCUACCUGGAGACACCUGUGUCACCCAGGAUUUCCUCUGUGUCAAGGACCCUUCUAAUCUCAGAAGUAGGACAGGGCUGACUACAGUGUCCUGACAGCCCUAGGUGCUAGUUGUGAAUGGGGUGGUGGGAUUUCCUGUCUGGUUUGCUUCACAUCAGCAAGGGGCCCUGACUUGCCACACCUUUGGCUGGGUACACCUUUGAUCAUAGCACUCAGGGAGAUAGAGGCAGGUGAAUCUCUGAUCUGUUAGUUCAAGAACAGCCUAGCCUACAUAGCAGACUACAGACCAGCUGAGACCAUGUGGAAAGACACUAUCUCAAAAGUUCAUGUCUGGAGUUGAGGCUCCUAGACACAGGGUUCACCUGACAGUGAAGAGCGGCACCUCGAACUGUACCCUCCCCAGCCCCAGGCCUACUGUGCUUUUCAGUCCAACACCUAUCCAUCUGGCUGAUCUGCCUUGCUCAAACUCUUGGCCAUCUAGGCCUCUCCUGACCACUCUGGGGACUCGUCCAGUUUUCUGACCCCAUAUCCCACCUGGCUGUAGCCACAACCCUCUUAUCUUGGCUCCCUAGAAUAUGCAAAGGCCUGUUCAAGGUGUCUGGUGGGUGUUUGCUGUGCUCCUCUCUAGUCCCUCCUCCUUGUCCCCCAUUUUGAGGGUUUUGGGUUUGUUUUGAAACAGGGUGUCUUGUAACCCAGAUGUUACUUGGGUUGGCCUUAUAACUGAAGUGACCUUGAACUCCUUCCUGACCAUCCUGCCUCUGCUUCUCAAGUGCCAUCGUCACCAGUGUGGCAGCCUCACCCAGGCCCAAGUCUUUAGGGCCCACACUGUAGGCAGCCUGGGCAACCCCACUGAGACUCUUGGUGAUGCCUUUUAAGUGUCCUGUGGCAAGUCACAGGUUGGUAGACUUGGAUGUCACUUUUUUUCUUUUUCUUUUCUUUUUUUUUUUUAACAGCUCAGGAGUCCAAAAUGGCUCUCCAGAGGUCAGUUCAGAUAUGAGCAGGCCUGUCUGUGUCCUUCUCGAUUUGAGAGAAUGUUCUAUGGCUUUUGGAGCCCCUUCAUUGUGUCGCUUGCUGCAUUCCCCUCCCCUCAAGUGACAGUUUAGUAUCGGGUCUCAGUUGCUGCUGCUACAGAGCUUGUGGGCUACCACAGGAAGACCCUUCAACCAUGUUGGGGAUUAAAACAUGGGUAUCAUCAGGGACAGCACUCCACAAAUCUGCAUCUACCCAGCUUGUGCCCAGAUUUGUCCUGGAUGCAUCAACACAAUCCCACUCCCCUGUUAAUGACCAGCCAGAGCCCACACUCACCUUGCCUACCCUUCACUCCUCAGCUCCUAGCAGGACCUUGGCUCCUGCCCAUCCCCCACCAAGGGUUGGAACCACAGACCCGCCUGUUCCUAGAAGCCAGCUGCCCUGCAUAUUUUUAGCUUCCUAUUUUUGAAUUCCACAAUCAUUUCUGAGUCAUCCAGCUGACUGCCUUCUGGUCACAAGGUCCCCGUGUGGACCAUAUUUCAAACCAGACAGUGGAACAUGAUGUGAUGGAAUGUGUGAUGUAGCCACCAUGAACCAUGGCCUUCCAGUAGCGGAUGCAAAGGCAGUACUAGUUUGCUGGAAGAUGUGGGCUAGGAAGCCCACAUAGUCUCAAGUCAUGUGCUGAGUGGAGGCUGGCCUGAGGGAUACUUGCCGGCCACAGGACUCACUAUUACCAAGGCUUCACUGAGCCAAAGCCAAGUGACAGGGCUGGAGGUUUUUGAGUGUGGCUAGAACAGGACAGCAUGGUGGGCAUAUGUGUGGAGGUCCACAGCUCCCAGACUCCCAAAGUCUAAAUCAACUGUAGAGAUGAUGUAUAGUCCUUGUCCAUCAAAAUAAAGCAGGCAUGCUGCUCA